AUGCCGCUGAUCAACCAGCCUGCGGCCGUUGUGUGGGAGCUUCUCGCUUGGCUGCCCGCGGUGGAGGCCGUCGCAGCUUGCGUCGCGCACUCGACGCUGGCGGCGCAGCUGCCUCAAUUUCGGGCCCAGGUCGAAGCGUGCAUCGCAGAGGCUCGCCGGCACUUGGACCUCUUCGACGAAGUUGGACUCCUCACGCCCUUCCUCCUGGAGCCGACGCGCCCGUGCGUGGCUAUAGAUCACAGUGGGGCUCCAUUUGGCAUCGCGCGUCUGGCGCGCCGGGCGUUCAACUUGCCGUUGGACCGCUUGGGCGACAUGCGGCGCUAUUUGCCCGACAUGCGCCUGGACCCGGGAGAGUGGCCGACAGCCUGCAACGGGGCUCGCGACAAUGCCCCCGAAGGAUUGCCGGAGGCCGUCGCCUGGCUCCAACGCCACAUGACGGCGCAACUCUGGCUGCCGUACAUCCGCUCGCCGGUGUUGCCCGCGACGCCGCCAGCCACGCUGCGGCAUUGGCCCGUGACCGGGCUGCGGGUCAACAUGCACAUGGCGUACGUCUGCGCCGGGAGCGUGGGGAUCGGGCUGGUGUUCUACGAGAUCCUCGAUUUUGCGAGCGACAGUGAUUCCGAGACCGGGUCGGAACUCUCCGACGGAUCCCGUCACCUGCUGUGGGCAGACAUGGUUGACGACGAGCCUCCCGCGCCCCUCACGCCUCCGACGCGAGACGCGGCCACGCAGACGGACGAGGUCAUCAUUUUCCCACAGAUCUUGCCAGACGCGCACCUGGCAAUCCUGGGAAGCCGCCGCCGUCCCGUCCUCCCUAUGCGGCUGCUCGUCCAAGUGUGGGCGUUCCUCGGGUAUUUGCUGCAACUAUGCAUGCGGCCGCAGCGCGCGCAGCUCCGCGCGCAGCUGCGACAGUUUCAAGAAGUGCUACGGGCGCAGCUGCAGCGCCAUCGUCUGCACUAUGCCGCGGCGCUCGCG